AUAUAUUUUAGUAUUUUCAGAAAAAUAUCCUUUCAGCGUCUGUCAAGUAUUUGAUAUGGAGAACUGUAAUACCCCAUCAAAAACCUUGGAAGAGAACGUGGACCUUAUUAACUUAUUCAUCUCUCUGCAAGCCGGCUUUAGAAGUGUAGCGAUUGAGAUUUACAACAAAACAAAGUCAAAAUCCUUUACACAGCCUCAGAUUUACUGUGAGAGCGGCAAGCUGUGUAUCCCACCUGUGCCAUGCCUUUCACCAGGAGAACAGGAGGUGUGCCUUUUCACUAAGAAAACAGGAACGGCUUGUGGAAGUGUUGGGGUGAUCAGCUAUAAAUUUGGUGGAAGUCGCAUAGCUCUACUUUUUUCCAACCCCUUUGAUUACAACAUAUAUGACAUGAAGAUUGGCCUUUUGGUUGAUGACCAGAACAGCAAGACAAACUAUGAACAGUACCGGCAGAUGUACUAUAAGGAGAAGACCUCAUGUAGAUUUGUCAAAGCAGUGUGUGGCAAAGAGAUCCCCACUUUGUCAUUGAACAGUGACGGUGUCAAAAUCUCAGCCAACAUGUCGACGUGCCGCAAUGCAAUUCUGAAGCUGGUGUUUGAAGAUGAAUACUGAACUGUUUGAGAAGGUAGCAUUAGCAAUCACUCCAACUCCACUCCUGCAGUGCAAUACUGGCUUCAGAUUUUCAUUCUAAUGCUUUUCUUAAUUAGUGGCCAGUUUUGCUGUUAAUCCACCUUUGCCUUAAUUUUAAUUGACUUGCUAUUUAAGACUCAGACCCUUAUUUUUUUCCUUAAUUAGCAGCCAAACAAUAAUGAGCCAACACAUGACCAGCAGCCUGUGUCCCUAAUGCAAUAUCAGAAAAUAAAAAAGGUGAAGGUCUAGGUAAUGUUGAUCUGCUCAGGUCCACAAAACAUUUUAAUGGUGAAGAAAAUCAACAAUUUUUGAAGAUGUUUUUGCAUGAGCUGAAUGAGAGCACCAGC